AUGGGGCUGCCAAAACUCUCGCCGCAAGACCCCAACCGAUCGUUUGAUCCUGGGUUAUCUCCCGGCAACUAUCCCAUCCUCGAGGCUGCGCUUACACCGUCGAAUGAUCCCGAUUCCUUUCCGGAGGGCUUCGUCGGCCGAGGACGACGGAGGGCUGUAUUGAUCGGGAUCAACUAUUUCGGCCAGCGUGGAGAGCUGCAGGGUUGCGUGGACGACGUCAAAAACAUGUCUGCCUACCUCUCCCAGGCCUUUGGUUAUCCAAGAGAGAACAUGGUUACCCUCACUGAUGACCAGUACGGACUCCAUUCCCAACCUACCAAAGCGAAUAUCCUCCGGGCAAUGCACUGGCUAGUGCAGGAUGCUCGCCCCUCCGACGUUCUUUUCUUUUACUACAGCGGCCACGGUGGGCAGGCCCUAGGAGAUGAUGGCGGGGAGGGCAAUCGCGACCAAGUCAUCUACCCUGUGGAUUUUCGAGCCGAUGGGGUGAUACAGGGGGAGGAACUACACCGAAUCAUGGUCAAGUCGCUGGCUCCCGGUGUUGGAUUGACAAUUAUGAUCGACACCCGGCACCACUUGGAUGUUUGA